AUGGGUAGGUCUUUUCUACUGAGUCGACUCGUUCUCAUCAUCUUUGUUGCCUACUUUGCAGCUUCAAAAGCAGCAGCCACAAGACCUGGGUUUCUGUAUACGAGAACCAGAGGAAGAUGCACUCCCCAGUUCUGGAGCAGCAGGAGAGAGGAAUGGCCAAGGAUGGUCCCACAGAGAUCAACAGUAUCACGGGUAUUUGGAUCGGGGGUAUUUGAACGAUACGGAUCAGAUGUGACUUUGCUGGAAUCAACGGCUAUGAAUGACGAUGAGAGCGCAUUUGCUGGGUUGUUGAAGCAGGCGAGUGCAGCCCUGCUCAACUCUUAUGCUAGAAAAGGGUUUCCUUAUUCUGCUUGGGAAGUAAAGACUCUGGUGAUACAGGCAUUGGUCUCCAAGGAGGCUGCAACCAGACAAGCCAAACAGUUCUCUAUUGCCAACCAAGCUUGUAAUUAG